CCACACUUUGCGAAGCAGUCGUUGCCUGUUUCAAUUGGAAUGGAUAUCCUGAAUGAAAAUGUUUCGAAAGCAUCCCCAAAAACGUCGAAACCUGGCAUGUCAAUCGGAGGAAAGGUCCUGAUUGCUGCUACAGGAGGUGUAGGCCUGGGACUGUCCAUUGUGUGUGCCUCAUUUGUCGCCCCCGCAUUCAGGCGGAUUUGUUUGCCUUACGUACCAGCUACUACCGAACAAAUUCAAAAUGUGCUCAGCUUCUUGCCAAGAAAUACAGGUGGCAAACUGCUGGAUAUAGGCUCCGGAGACGGUCGUAUCGUAGUAGCGGCAGCGCAACACAAUAAGGCUCUCAAGACCGACGGCGUGGAACUGAAUCCCUGGCUUGUGUACUAUUCUCGCCUGGCAGCACUGCGUAAUGGAGUCUCCAAGCAGGCGAGCUUUUUCCGGAGGGACCUCUGGAAAUUUAACAUCAAAGACUACAACUACGUAGUUAUCUUCGGGGUUGAACAAAUGAUGCAGGAUCUGGAGCAUAAGCUCAUUGCCGAAUGUCCACACGAUGCCCAGAUAAUCGCUUGCCGUUUUCCUCUGCCAAACAUGGAGCAUGUUAAGAUUAUCGAGGAUGGUGUCAACACCGUGUGGUUUUAUAAAAUGGAUAAAAUCAACGAAAACAGUUAGCAGACUUUGUUUAUUAAAUACGGUAGUUUUAUUGUUUUCACAC